UAAAAACCAAUAAACGAAGACCCCCUAUGUUGGGAAGAAGAAGGAAGCACAUGCAUACACCUGCACUUUAACAUUAAUAUAUUACACUACUCCAUAUGUAUGUAUGUAUUUCCUGGUCCUAGGCCUAGCUUUCACUUUCUUCUUCUUGUUCUUCUUGGACUGAAUUGAGUAGUUUAAGUUUUGGUGUUGGAGAGAAAAAUGGAGGAGGUGAUACAGCAACAAAGGUCAUUGGCCGAGACACCAACUUAUUCAGUUGCUUCAGUUGUUACAGUUAUGGUCUUUGUCUGCCUUCUGGUGCAAAGGUCAAUCUACAGAUUUGGAAAGUGGUUAAAGAAGACUAGGAGGAAAGCGCUGUUUGUUUCGUUGGAGAAGAUCAAGGAAGAGCUCAUGCUACUUGGCCUUAUAUCUUUGUUGCUGGCGCAAUCCGCAAGGUGGAUUUCUGAGAUAUGUGUAAACUCUUCUCUUUUCACCAGCAAAUUUUAUAUAUGUUCUGAGAAAGAUUACAGCAACACCAAUGAGAAGGUCAAGCUUGAGAGUUCUUUUUCUUCUCCCAAUGCGACUGAUAUUCCAGCAGGAUUAAUCAAUCUUUCUUCUCAUCAAUGUGGUGAGGGCCAUGAACCAUUUGUUUCAUAUGAGGGACUGGAGCAGCUGCACCGGUUCUUGUUUGUUCUUGGGAUCACCCAUGUCUUGUAUAGUUGUGUGGCGGUUGGUUUGGCUAUGAGCAAGAUAUACAGUUGGAGGAAAUGGGAAAAUCAAGCUGGCUUACUGGCUGAUGCGAAUUUGCAAGCGAAGAAAAACAAGGUGAUGAGACGACAAUCUACCUUUGUUUUCCAGCACACAUCUCAUCCGUGGAGCAGGCACCGGAUUCUCAUUUGGAUGCUUUGCUUUCUACGACAAUUUAAGAGUUCCAUACAGAGAUCGGAUUACUUGGCUCUGCGUUUGGGCUUCAUCACUAAGCACAGACUUCCCCAUUCUUAUAACUUCCAUAAAUAUAUGGUCCGGAGUAUGGAAGAUGAAUUUCAAGGGAUUCUUGGUAUCAGCUGGCCACUUUGGGGUUAUGCCAUAGUGUGCAUUUUCGUAAAUGUUCAUGGUCUGAAUAUUUAUUUUUGGCUUUCCUUCAUCCCUGCCAUUCUUGUCAUGCUGGUCGGAACAAAGCUCCAGCAUGUUGUCUCUUCCUUAGCACUUGAAAUUGUAGAACAAACAGGGCCGGCUGUUGGGACUGAAGUAAAGCCACGUGACGAUUUGUUUUGGUUUGGGAAACCAGUAAUACUACUGCGGUUGAUACAAUUCAUCAUAUUUCAGAAUGCCUUUGAGAUGGCAACAUUUCUUUGGUCCUUGUGGGGACUUAAGGAGAGAUCAUGCUUCAUGAAAAACCACGUAUUGAUAGUUAUUCGGUUGGCUUCUGGUGUUCUUGUUCAGUUCUGGUGUAGUCACAGCACAGUGCCUCUAAAUGUCAUUGUUACGCAGAUGGGAUCCCGGUGUAAGAAAGCUCUGGUUGCUGAGAGUGUCAGAGAAUCACUCCAUAGUUGGUGCAAGAGAGUAAAGGAGAGGUCUAAACACUCGCAUGCUGCAAGAUCAGUUUGUUCACUUGACACAACAAUUGAUGAGAGGGAUGAGAUCACAGUUGCAUCUGGCACUUUAUCUCGGAGCUCUUCCUUGGACUCCCAACAUCAAGUAACUGUAGCACCAAUGGAACAGCCUCACGCUGUUCUUGAGACUACAGACCUGCCUCAACAUGAAUACUCGUUCCAGGUGGCAGAGUAUUUAGCUGACUCGGUAAGCAUCAGUGCAUCACAACGUCCUACCACCAGCGAAGAAGAUGAUGACAGCAUUAAUGGAGUAGAAGAAAAAGUGGAUACUUUAUUAGAGUUGUUUCAGAAAACAUAAGUUCUUAGACUUGUAACUCAAGAACUUAUGUUUUUUAGAACCUAAGCAUUAGUGCAUCACCGGUGAAGAAGAUGGUGAAGGCAAUCAACCGGAACAAAAAGUUGAUACUCCUUUUAGGGUUGUUUCAGAUAAUAUAGUUUCUCCACUUGUCACUGUAGCUUGGCCAAGUUUGGUUUCAUAUAAUUUUUUGGGAUGGAGUUAUCUCGAAAAUUCAGAUAAACUAGAGCGGUGGUGAGUUGAAUGUACCAUGUGGGUGUUUAUGUUGAGAAUAAUGGCUCAAGAGCUGAACGUAAGUUCUGACAAGUAAUGUAUGUACAAACUGAUUGAAA